AUGGAGGCUGAAAAGGAACGCUUUCCUAGACUAAGGCAAGUUCUUCUCUUUGUUUUGCUGGCUCACACUUGCGCGGAGCAGGAAGAUUACCGUAUUGCUGAAGAAACAGAGAGUGGUUCUUUUGUGGCCAAUCUAGCAAAGGACAUAGGGCUAGCGGUAAAAGAGCUCUCUUGGCGGAGGGCUCGGAUCAUUUUUACAAAUGACAAAAAAUAUUUUCAGCUGAACCCUCAGACUGGAGAUUUGCGAGUAAAUGAGAAACUGGAUCGGGAGGAACUGUGUGGCCCCACUGAGCCUUGUGUACUUCAAUUCCAGGUGUUACUGGAAGAACCUUUAGAGGUAUAUAGGUAUAAGCUUUUGGUCACUGACAUAAAUGACAAUUCCCCUGUGUUCCCAGAAGCAGAAAUGAUUUUGAAAAUCAUGGAAAAUACUCUUCCAGGGACUGUGUUUCCCCUGAAAAAUGCACAAGAUUUGGAUGUAGGUAUCAAUAAUAUUCAAAACUACACCAUUUAUCCCAACUCCCAUUUCCACGUUCUUAUGCGCAAUAGCGGUGAAGGCAGGAAAUACCCGGAACUGGUUCUGGACAAAGCCCUAGAUCGAGAGGAGCAGCCUGAGCUUAGGUUAACUCUCCUGGCUGUAGAUGGUGGAGUUCCUCCCAAAACUGGGACAGCCUUGGUCCUCAUUGAUAUCUUGGACAUCAAUGACAAUGCCCCUGAGUUUGUGCAGCCACUCUAUCGUGUGCAGAUCCUGGAAAACAGUCCUCUGGGAUCUCUUAUUGUCACUGUUUCAGCUAGAGAUUUAGACACAGGAACAAACGGCCAAGUAUUCUAUUCAUUUUUUUACGGUGAUGAAGAGAUUAGUAGGACAUUUGCACUUAAUGAACUCACAGGAGAAAUUAAAAUAAUUAGGGAACUAGAUUUUGAAAAAAUUAUGUCAUAUGAGCUGGAUAUUAAGGCCUCUGAUGGGGCAGGUCUUUCUGGAAAAUGUACUGUCAUAAUAGAGGUGGUGGAUAUAAAUGACAACACCCCAGAACUGACGGUGGCUUCACUUAUAAGCGCCAUCCCAGAAAAUUCCCCUGAGACCACAAUAGCUCUUUUCAGUAUUCAAGACCGAGACUCUGGGGACAAUGGGGAGGUGGUUUGUUCCAUCCAGGACGAUGUUCCAUUCACUCUGAAACCUUCCGUUGAGAAUUUCUACAAGCUAGUAACAGAAGGAGAGCUAGACAGAGAGAGCCAGGCCGAGUACAACAUCACCGUCACCGUCACCGAUCUGGGGACCCCCAGGCUGAAAACCCAGCACAACCUAACGGUGACGGUGUCCGACGUCAACGACAACACCCCGGCCUUCAGCCAAGCCGCCUACACCCUGCGGGUGCGCGAGAACAACAGCCCCGCCCUGCACAUCGGCAGCGUGAGCGCCACGGACAGAGACUCGGGCGCCAACGCGCAGGUCACCUACUCGCUGCUGCCGCCCCAGGACCCGCAGCUGCCGCUGGCCUCGCUGGUGUCCAUCAACGGCCCGUUUCCGGGCCACCUGGUGGACGUCAGCGGCGCGGGGACCCUGUCCCACAGCUACCAGUACGAGGUAGAGCUGGGCCCUGUUUCUGGAAAGGAGUUUGUGGAACUAAAGAUGGAGGCUGGAGGGGAGUGUUUUCCCAAACAAAGGCAAGUCCUGAUUUUCUUUCUCGUAUUGGGGGUGGCUCUGGCAGGCUGGGAAUCUCGUCGCUAUUCCGUGAUGGAGGAAACCGAGAGUGGCUUGUUUGUGGCCAACCUGGCCAAGGACCUGGGGCUGGGAGUCGGGGAGCUAGCAGCACGGGGAGCCCGGGUGGUCUCUGAGGAUAAUGAAUCCCGCUUGCAGCUUGAUCUGCAGACCGGGGAGUUGAUAUUAAACGAGAAACUGGAUCGGGAGGAGAUGUGUGGCCCCAGAGAUCCAUGUGUAAUGCAUUUCCAAGUGUUAUUGAAAAAACCAUUGGGAGUAUUUCGAGCUGAGCUACUGGUGAGAGAUAUAAAUGAUCAUUCUCCAGAGUUUCCUGAAGGAGAAAUGACUCUGAAAAUCUCAGAGAAUAGCCCCCCCGGGACCGUGUUUCCUCUGAAAAAAGCCCAGGACUUGGAUGUGGGCAACAACAACAUCCAGAAUUACAGUAUCAGUCCCAACUCUCAUUUCCAUGUUUCUACCCGCAUCCGGGGGGAUGGUAGGAAAUACCCAGAACUGGUACUAGAUAAAGAGCUGGAUCGAGAGAAGCAGACGGAGCUCAGAUUAACCCUCACAGCGCUGGAUGGAGGCUCUCCACCCCGGUCUGGCACCACCCAGGUGCGCAUCUUGGUCUUGGACGUCAAUGACAAUGCCCCUGAGUUUGCAAAGACAAUUUACCAGGUGAAGGUUCCAGAGAACAGCCCUGUGGGCAUGCUAAUUAUCAAGGUCUCCGCUAGAGAUUUAGACACUGGGACAAAUGGGGAGAUAUCCUACUCCUAUUUUUAUAUUUCUCAGGAAAUAAGCACAACUUUUGAGCUAAACAACCUUUCAGGAGAAGUUCGACUAGUUAAAAAACUAGAUUUUGAAACAAGAUCUUCAUAUGAGCUGGAAAUAGAUGCGGCUGAUGGUGGGGGGCUUUCUGGAAGAUGCUCUGUCUCCAUUGAGGUGGUGGAUGUUAAUGAUAACUUCCCAGAAAUAACUAUUUCAUCCCUCACCAGUCCCAUUCCUGAAAAUUCCCCUGAGACAGAAGUGGCUCUGUUUAGAAUUAGAGACCGAGACUCGGGGGACAACGGAAAGAUGACUUGCUCCAUCCAGGAUGAUCUCCCCUUCCUCCUGAAACCAUCAGAAGAGAAUUUCUAUACCCUGGUAACAAAUGGGGCGCUGGACAGAGAGACAAGAUCCGAGUACAACAUCACCAUCACCGUCACCGACCUGGGGACCCCCAGGCUGAAAACCCAGCACAACCUAACGGUGACGGUGUCCGACGUCAACGACAACGCCCCGGCCUUCAGCCAAGCCGCCUACACCCUGCGGCGGCUGUGCAGGAGGAGCCGGGCCGCGUCGGCGGGCGGCUGCUCGGUGGCCGAGGGCCCGUUUCCGGGCCACCUGGUGGACGUCAGCGGCGCGGGGACCCUGUCCCACAGCUACCAGUACGAGGUGUGUCUGAGGGGAGACUCGGGGACCAAUGAAUUCAAAUUCUUGAAGCCUACCUUCCCCAGUAUUCUGAGCCAGGACCUUAGGAACAAGUCAGAGGGAAAUCCAACCUUCCGGAAUAGUUUAGGUAUCUGA